ACGAAGCCUUAGUAAGUAAGACAAGAAAUGGCUGUUUCUAACCUGAGUAGGUGUCAGAAAAUACACACAACAAGACAUACUUCUUCACAGGCAGAAAAACACACUCACAUAGGAUACAGACACAGUUUAGAGUUCCCAAUGGUUUUCUGCAAGCAUUUCAGUACAUAAAAUCCAAUACACCAUUCAAAUAUAGAAACUCAAUUCCUUCUUCCCUUACACAUUAAUAAACCACCAUAUAUAACUCCAUACCACAUAUUAUAUACAACACACUUUUUUCGUCUGCGUAUUUUGCGAUAUCGAACAAUGCCUCGUAGUAGUACUCUGCUUUUCAUACUCAUCGCAACAAUCGCAGUCGAAUGCAAUGUCGAAAAACCAACACUACCUAAAUUUCCCGCAAUUCUCGUAUUCGGCGACUCGACGGUCGACACAGGAAACAACAACUACAUACUAACGCCGUUCAAAGGAGACCACCCACCGUACGGUUUAGAUUUCCCGGGCAGUUUUUCGACGGGGAGAUUUUCGAACGGGAAACUCGUACCUGAUAUACUGGCAUCGAUGAUGGGGUUAAAGGAAACUAUACCUCCAUUUCUGGACCCGAAUCUUUCGGACAGGGAAAUUCUUACAGGGGUCAGUUUUGCUUCGGCUGGAUCAGGGUUUGAUGAGUUGACCACGUCUCUGUCUCGUGUGAUUCCCAUGUCGAAGCAGCCACGUUUGUUCGAGCAGUAUGUCAAGAGAGUUGAGGGCGUUGUCGGUCGAGACGAGGCUGGGAGGAUUUUGAGCGGCGCUUUGGUUAUUGUUAGUGCUGGAACGAAUGACUUUAUAUUUAACUAUUACGACGUACCGACACGGAGGAUUCAGUUCGUUACUGUCGGGAUGUAUCAAGACUUCCUGCUAAACAAGCUGCAAAACAUGGUUAAGGAACUGUACAAUCUUGGAUGCCGGAAAAUGGUGGUAUCGGGGCUGCCGCCGAUAGGCUGUCUGCCAAUACAAAUAACGACAAAAUCACCGAUUCUGAGGAGUUGCAGUCGCAAGGAGAACGCGGAUGCACAGUCUUACAAUCACAAGCUCGAAAAGCAGCUGCUUCCACAGUUAGAAGCCGAGCUUCCGCGGAGCAAAAUCGUCUACGUGGAUUCGUACAAUCCUCUCAUGGACAUGAUCAACGACCCACACAAAUAUGGUAAGUUUUUCUCGAAAAUCUGUGUACGUAAUAUAUCAUGUAGAUUUGUGGAAACUAGAAGAGGGUGUUGCGGGACUGGAUUUCUUGAAGCCGGACCUCUCUGCACACAGUUAACUCCCGUGUGUGCAAAUCCAUCGCAGUACUUGUUCUGGGAUAGCAUCCACCCCGGUGAAUCAACUUAUAGAAUCCUUUCCGAGAAACUAUCCGCGUCGCUUCUUACAAAGCUGUCGCUAUUUUGA